CACCACCCAACUCGAGAAACCGAGACGGAACGGACGCACUCCCGCACGGUGCAGAGCUGCAAGCUGCAAGGGUUGCUUCGGAAACCCCUCCAGUGCGCCCUGCAUGUCCCGCCAUCAGUCUCUUCAUCGGCUGCGAAUGGCGAGCCCCGCAACAGCAGCGACAACUGUGGGGUUUUGGAGAAGAGGAGGAACAGCAGCGGCAGCAGGUCAUCAUCGCCACCACCGCCAGCUGAGAGGCGACGAGCCAAUUACUUCCUGGGGACUCCCCGAUACGUAUUGUAGGUCACGCCCCACACCCCACCAUACACCCCACACCACACCCCACACCACAUACCACACGGAGCAUGGCAUGGAGCAUCGUCUGUCGUAUACACAGAGGUACCGGGCCCCCCGGACUUUCUUGUUUUGCCUCUCCUUCCGAAGCUUCUAUCCCCCCCCCCUCUCCCUCCGCUGCCUCUUCCUGCAUCAUGGCCUAUCAAUCGCCACAUUGCCAUCACGGCUCCGGAUUCAUAUUUAUCCGUUCUGGAUCCAUCACACCACCCUCCCUCGCACUGUGCCACCGUUGAACAAUGCAUGAGAUAUGAUCGUCGCACUCGGAGCAUCAUUUACCCGAGCCAUUCAUGAUACGAGUAUUCCCUCUCACGCAGGUGCCAAAACCUGUUGCUAUGACCGCUCCGGUAUCAGCACGCAUAAGCAAGCGCUGCUCCCCCUGGUUGACUGGCUUACCACCUUCCCUUCCAGAGCUCUGCGGAGAUUCAACCCCCCGCACGUAGUCUGCAUCCGCGCUCCACAGGCAGGGUCGCUUGCGCGCCUCUUAACACUUCCUAUUGCGUUCCUCUUAUCACUUCCUGUUGCGUCACUCGUAUCUAUCUCCUCAGCCUUGCACACACUGCCUUACUUGGAGUUUACGUCCAUCACAG